UUUGCAAAUUUGCUAUGAGUCGCUUCUUCAUUAAUAGCUCCCUCAUCCGUGCUUUAUUAAAUUAUGUGCCGUUAACACUUUCCAAUUCUUCUUUGCCUGUCGUCCUGUUUCUACAUCAACUAGACUACUUGUAAAUAGCACUUAUCCGUCUUCAUCUCUCAAGGCAUCAAUGAUGGCUGUUCAGAUCAUCACGUCUAUGCACUUCUGAAUCUAGAGUAUCUAUUCAUUCAAUUGCAUUUUCGUAGGCACUUUGGGUGAGCAUUUCUCAAGAGGAUGAAAGCACUAUGAGGAUUCGGCCUUCUUUUACUUAAAGACAUACAUCGCCAUGAAGAUCGCUUGAAUUGGAUUAUAACAAUAAGGAUGACUUGUUCAUUGAUAAAGAUGCAUAUUUUGAUGCUUCUACUGAUCUUAUUAGACAAAGUCAUAUUUACUCGUCGAUAUUUAUUUUUAAGCUAUCUUAUAUUAAACACUUUACAAUAUUCUGAAAUAGCAACCAUAUUCCUUAUUUUGUAUCAAGUGCCUCACUUUAUUCCAUACUUUAAUCGACACGUGAAUUGCUUUAGACACUCGAUGCAAAAAUAUGGAAUAUAUUUCCUUUCCUUACUGACCUCGCUUGGAGAUCACAAUGCGACGAAUUAAAAAUUUAAAAGUGCGACGCUAUUUUGAGAAAGAUCUAGUCUCAUUAGCAUGUUGCCCAGGCUUUUAGAUGCCCAGCUAGGCAACAGUGAGCAUUCGCUACUAGGGAAAUCUAAGGGGAAGAGCAAACAAACAAAAAAGAAAUAAAAAGGCCUGUUAUUCAUGUCUAUUGUUCCGUUAUUG